AUGGGUGUUUAUUUUUGUUUGUGGUGUGGGGGGUUUGUGAUGGGGGGGUUGUGGUGGGUGGGGUGGGUGGGGGGUGGUGGGGUGGUUGGUGGGUGUGGUUUGGUUUGUGGGGGAUUUAGGGUGAGGUUGGGUGGGGUGGUGGGGGGGGGGGGGGGGUGGAGGGGGUUGGUUAUGGGGGGUUGGGGUGGGUGGGUUGGGGUAGUGGUUGUGUGUUUUGGGGUGUUGUGGUUGAUUAUUGUUGGGGGGGGUUGGUGUGUGUGUUGUUUGUGGUGGGGUUGGGGUUGGGUAGUGUUGUUGUGGUGUGGGGUGGGGGGGUUUGGGGUUGAGUGGUUAUGUGGGGGUUUUAGGGUGGGUGGGGUUGGGGGGGUUGUGGUUUGUGGGUUGUUGUGGAAGGGGUGGGGGGUGUGGGGGUUGAUAUUGGGGGGGUGGGAGGGGGGUGUUGAUUUGGGUUUUGGGGGUUGGAGUGAGGUGGGUUUAGAGGUGUUUGGGGUGUGGGGUGGAAGUUUUGUAAAUGGAGGUGAUUUUGAUGAGGUGGAGGGGUGGGGUGUGGGGGGUUGUGGGGUUGGGUGGUGUUGUUGGGGAGGGGUAGUUGUAGGAGGUGUUGUGUUUGUAGGGAUGGGGGGGGUGGGGGAAUGGGGUGGGUGUGGGGUUGUGGGGGUGGGGGUGGUUGUGUGGUGGGUUUUUGGUGUGGAAUUUUGGUGUUUUUGUGGUGGGAUGGGGGGGGGGGGGGGUGGGUGGGGUGUUGGUUUGUGGUGGGGUUGGUGGUUGGGGGGUUGGGUGGGUGGGUGGUGGUGGUGGGGGGGUGGGUUUGUUGGGGGGUUUUGGUUUGGGGUGUGGGUGGGGGGGUGUGGGGGGUGGUUGGGUGUGUGGGGGGGGGUUGGUGUGGUGUGUUGUUGUGGGGGUGUGUUGGGGUUUGGUGUGUGGGGGGAGGUUGUGGGGUGGGGGGGUGUGGUGAGGGGUGGUGGUGGGUUUGGGGGGUGGGUGGUGGGGGGUGUUUGGGGGGGGGUGUUGUGGUUGUGUUGUGGGGUGGGGAUGGGGGGGGUUGUGGUGUGGGGUUGGGGGGGGGUUAUGUAUGGGGGGGGGGGGGGGUUGUAUUUGGGUUUGUUGGGUGGUGGGGGUGGGUGUGUGGGGGGUGGGGUGGUUGGAGGUUGGUUGGGGGGGGGUGAAUGGAGUUGUGAGUUGUGGGGUGUUGUUGUGUGGGAUGUGGGAUGUGGUGGUGGUUUGGGUGUAGGGGGGGUGGGGGUAGGUUUGGGUUGGUUGUGUUUUGGGGGUUUUUUUGUUUGGGUGUGUUGUGGGGGAGUGGUUGAGAGGGUUUGUGUUGUUGGGGUUGAUAGGUAG